AUGCCUGGCAAACGGAAACGAUUCGACACGUUCGAGGACUUGGAUGAAGCAAUGCAGUCCAGGCACAUCAAGUUCAUCGUCGGUCCGGAGAAGAAAGAAUACACCGUUCAUGAAGCCCCCUUCGCCAAUCUUUCGCUGCCCCUACGCGCCCUCCUGACGGGAGGCUUUCAAGAGUCCAGGGAGGGCAAGGUCAUCUGGGACGAUACUGACCCUAUCACUUUCGUCCUGCUGACACAAUACGCCUACCGAGGUGACUACUCACUGCCGGAAUCCAAAGCUGCGCCUACAUUUUCUGAGGAGAAUGAGGCUCCUGAAGAAGGCGACGCCCCCAAGAACUUGCCCCGUUCAAUGCAGGGAUACUUCUGGGCUACCGAACACAGAGGCUCACAACACCACUUUGUAAAUGACAAGUUUUUCUAUGGGGAGGGCCGCGAUGAGAAGCCAUCGCCCACGGACCAGACUCAGUCUAUUCUGAGGAAGUUUACCGGCAUUGAGGCGUUCGAGAAGGCUUGUCGGGAUGUUGAACACCUGAGGCCAAUGUACAUGCACCACGUCCAGCUUUACUUUCUUGCUGACAAGUACACCAUCGAAGAUCUCAAGGAGAUAUGCCUGGCUAGGAUCCGACAUUUCCUAUCGGAGUGUCCCGGGACCUUCCAACUAAAGACCAUCCUUUUCGAAUCCGUGCCUAUCAUCUAUUCAUGGACAGUCCAUGGGGACUCAUUACGGAGGCUUAUCUCGCAGUACUUCCUCGCCAACAUGACUUGGAUCGAUACCGGUACGAGGUUCAAGGCACUACGAAGAAGCACGCCUGAACUGGGACUGGACUUGCUCGACGAGAUUCCCCACAGCUACUGGAGAGAGUUGAGUGAGGGUCCUAACGAACCGGCAGCCGAGGGAUGGGAAGACUAG